AUGCCUCAAAUUGGCGAUAUUCGAUUGAAUAAAAAUACUAAUCGAUGUCAGAUAUGGAAUGGUAGCGAGUAUCGAGCUUUAUGUUCAAAAGAAAAUUGUCGAAAAUAUCCAAAAAAAUCAUCGCUCUGUUUCGCACAUUAUACGGAACAAAAACAACAACGGGAAAAAAAUGUAACAAUUCUAAAUGAUGGAAAUGAACAAUGUUCUACAAACAUUGGUAAUACAACAAACGGUUUUUUUAUUUCAGCAAUCGAUGACAAUAUUGUAGAUUUAUUAAAUCAUUCCAAAAAUGAACCACACGAAGAAAAAAUGAGCGAACGUCGAAAAUUAACAAGAAGAAUUGAAUCAUCAAUGUUAUCGACCCCUAAAAUCGGUGAUAUUAAAAUAACAAAUGAUACAAAUCGUCGUUAUCGAUGGACAGGAACAAAGUGGCGAGAUUUAUGUCGUCGAGAUAAUUGUAAUAAACGAGCUAAAAAAGCGUCAUUAUGUUGUGCACAUUAUACAGAACAACGACAAGCAGUGGCAGCACUUAUCGGAAAAACAAAUGAUAUAAAUCGUUCAAUGGUCUCUCCAAAAAUUGAUUUGUGGGAAUCAUCAUUUAAUAUAGAUAAUAUUGAGCCAAAAGAUACUGAAGAAUGGAUAACAACGUUCGAUAAUUUCAAAGAGGAACCAGAGAGUGACGAAAGAGAAAGGAAAGAAGAAAAAAUAACAGACAGUGAAUCAUUUGCGAAUUCGAUCAAACAAGAAAUUCAGAUUAUUACAAGAAAUGAUAAUGAAUUACGUAAUAAUAUGUUUAAACGACGACAAUUUAUGUCAGAUAUUACUAUUAAUCAAGAAUCUGAACAAAAACGUUUAAAAAACGCUGAAGAGAUGCAACAACAAUCACUCGAUGAAGGCUUACAACAUCCUGACAUUGCCCGUCUUGAUGCUCAGUGUCCUAUUUCUACAUAUAAUGCCGAAUCAUUUACCAAUUCUUCUCGUAUUCUUCAUUUAAAUGAACAUCAAAAUUUAAUGACAAUGAAACGUGAUCAUCUCAUUCAACAAGCAAAUAAAACACGAUCAAUAAUAGCAUCAAUUCAGUUAGAUGAUAGAAAAUAUCAUCAAGCACAUGCUCAAAACGAUGAAUGGAUUGAACAGUAUUUAGAAGAAUAUCGAUUAAGAAAACAACAGAUUGAUCGUGAACAUAAAUUAGCCGAUAAUAACUUUGAACAAAAACGUCAAACAAUUGUAAAUGAUUAUGAAAAUAAUAUUGCCCCAAAAGUCAAUUAUUUAUCAAAAAAAGUUGAUUUAUAUUCUUAUGAAAUUAAACAAUUUCAACAGUGUUUAGAACAAUUGCAUGAAGACGUUGAAGAACUUAAAAAAAUUAGCUAA